AUGUCAAUUCCUACACUCUUAUCCACAAUUGUCCAGUACUCAAAAGAUAUGAAAAAGCAAGCUUCACCAGCUUUCACGAGCUCCACACCUUUGUUUCCUGUAUUCGUCUUCCUCCUCUUUAUCCCAAGUUUCCAUGCCAGAAACCUACAGCAAUGCUCCUCUUCAUGCGGAGAUUUGAAGAACAUCAGCUACCCUUUUCGUCUCCAGGGAGAUCCCGCCGGUUGUGGCGACUUUGGUUUUCAACUAUCUUGCCAGAACAACGCCGCCGUCCUGAACCUUCGAGGAGGGAAGUACUAUGUUAAAGGAAUCUCUUAUUACGAACGUACGAUUCGUGUUGUCGAUGCUAACUUAGCCAAUGGAAGCUGCGCUCUUCCAUACAGAUCUCUUUCAAUGGAACAAGCCACCGAAGAUGGUCGAUUCCCCUCAUUAAUUACGUUCUGGCAAGCGAAUUUUUUCAACUGCUCCGGCAGAAUCCCCGAGCUGGAAGUUAACAGAGUACCCUGUUUGAGUGGGAACGCAUUUCAUGUUUAUGUAAAUUUCAGUAACAGGAACUUGCUUGCUACUGAGAUUCCAGGGACUUGCAGGGUCAUUUCAAGGGUUCCCACAAGCUCUGAAAAUGAAUUGAAUUACGCUUACGAAACGACCUUGAAGUUGCUUGCAUCAGGGUUUGAUCUGAGAUGGUCAGUCGAGUGUAGGGAUUGCCACACAUAUGGCUAUUCCUGCGUCUACAGGUCUAACAACGAUCCAAGAAUCUUUAAGUGCGAAACGAUAUAUGAAGAAGAUUAUGGAGUUCAAUUAGCGUUUAUCAUAUCGUAUCUUGUUUCAAACUCUAUUAUUCAUAAGGCAUUGGUCGUCAGAUUCAUCUUCCUUCCCUUGGUGGUGUUUGCUUUCCUUCUCCACAAAUGCUUAACUACGCGGAAGACGGUCGUCGACGCAGAAAAGCUCGGACUCAAUCGGAAAAUCUCGACGCCGAAAAGGUACAGUUAUACAGAAAUACUUGCCAUGACAAACAAUUUGGAACAUAGACUAGGGCAAGGAGAGUUUGGCUCAGUUUACAAGGGACAAUUGCUACCAAAAGGUUGCUUGGUUGCUGUUAGAUUGCUAGCGGAGUCCAAAAUUAGUGAGGAAAAUUUCAUCAAUCAAGUGUCGAGUCUCGGUAAGAUUGAGCACGCCAGUGUGGUCAAAUUAGUGGGGUUUUGUUCCCAAGGAUCUAAGCGUGCUCUCGUCUAUGAUUAUAUGCCUAACGGAUCUUUGGACAAGCACAUUUUCUCGGAUUCUGUGCAAUUAAGUUGGGGAAAACUCCAUGAAGUUGGUUUAGGAAUUGCACAAGGUAUUGAGUUCCUACAUACUGCGUGUGCCACCUGCGUCGGCCGUCUCGAUAUUAAACCUCGAAAUGUCCUUCUGGAUCAGAAUUUCGUCCCCAAAAUCACCGAUUUUUUUCUCGCAAAACUUUACUCGGAGAAGUAUGAUUCCGAACACAUGGCACCGGAACUGAUUUCAAGAGAUUACGGAGCUGUUUCCGGCAAAACCGAUGUCUAUAGUUUCGGGAUGUUGCUGUUAGAAAUGGCUGGUAGAAGAAGGAAUGUUUCCGAGUCGAUUUCAUGGUUUUAUGACCAAGUAAAUGAUGUAGAGCUCGAGAAUGCGACAAUGCAAGCACGGAAGAUGUUAGUAGUCGUCGGGUUAUGGUGCAUACAAACAAACGCCUCGGAUCGGCCGUCCAUUACCGGAGUCGUGGAAAUGCUACGAGGAAAAUUCGAUGACCAACAAAUGCCCCCCAAGCCUGUUUCAGUUUCUGCACAUGGUCGUACAGGAGAGCUUCAAUCCGACUCCCCAAAACAACUGUUAAUACCAAUGUCAACAGAGAGAAGCGCAUAAGAACUCUCUACUAGUUCACCAAUAUAACCAUAUAAACUAGCUGAAAAGCUAAUAAUUAAGCUUUGCAAGUAUCUUUGGACUUGAAGGACAAUGCAUUUUGUUUCGAUA